CCCAGCUUCACAGCAACAGUAUUUUGACUGUCGUUGUUUUAUUUUGAAACGUUGACGAGCAGACAACAAGUACUUCCUCUCACUCCUGUCACGUGACCCUGGUGUCCUUGGUUUAGCUAGCUUUAGCUAGCUUUGACAUGUGAGCAGCACAAACAUGUCUUUCCCGAAAAAACCUGGCAGCAAAGCGUUAGAUGUUUUACAGAACCUUCCUCGCAUAAGUCUAGCGAACUUGCGGCCUGAACCAGGAGCCAAAAAGACGGCUCCGCGACGGGGUAGAGGACAGCAUGGUGGCAACAGAAGCGGCCGAGGUCAUAAAGGACAGCGACAGAGAGGCAACCGGCCUCGGCUGGGGUUUGAGGGGGGCCAGACGCCGUUUUAUCUGGCUAUUCCAAAAUAUGGCUUCAAUGAAGGACACAGUCGGCGUCCUCAGUACCAGCCUCUGUCUUUAAAGCGACUACAGUACCUGAUCGAUUUGGGACGAGUAGACACAACCCAGCCCAUAGACCUGACCCAGCUGGUAAACGCCAGAGGGGUGACAAUACAGCCUCUGAAGAGGGACUAUGGAGUCCAGCUUGUUGACGAGGGUGAAGAUAUUUUUGCUGCAAAAAUCCACAUUGAGGUUCAGAGAGCUUCUGAAGGAGCCAUAGCUGCUAUUGAGAGGAACGGAGGCGUGAUCACGACCAGUUUCUAUGAUCCCAUAAGUCUUGGGAUUGUCAUCAAGCCGGUCCCGUUUUUCUUGCGUGGGCAGCCUAUUCCAAAGCGCAUGUUACCAGGACAGGAUAUGGUCCCGUACUACACAGAUGCUGGAAACCGUGGUUACUUAGCAGACUGUGAGAAAAUCCAGCAGGCCCGGCUAGCCCUGGCACAGAAGUAUGGAUAUAUUUUGCCAGACAUUUCAAAGGAUGAACUGUAUCACAUGCUCUCCAUGAGGAAGGAUGUUCGACAGAUCUUCUUUGGCCUUGCUCCAGGCUGGGUUGUUAACAUGUCGGAGAAGAAAAUACUGAAACCAACUGAUGAGAAACUGCUGAAAUAUUACAGUUCAUAGGUGCGAAGGGUAAAAAUAAAUAUGUACAAUAUGUAACAACCAGAAAAUGCUUUUGCGUGUUGAAACAAACAGGUAAAAUAUAGGAUAUGUUUCCAAUUUAUAUUAAAAAAAAAUGUGGGAAAAAAUUCUGUGUUUAAGAAGAAGAUAUUGUCAUUAAACUUUAUCUUGAAAACUA